GUAGGUUAUCGCGAGAGAGUUCGUCUGUCCCAGCCAGGCGUCGUGUGAACAGCAGCUGGUCCCGAAGGCAAAGGGAGCCUGCGGGGAAACUGAGGCUCAGGGUGGGACUUGGAAUUGUGGGACUUUCUGAAACCGCCGUCUUUCCUUGCGGGAGCAGAAGAUGUCGGACAGCGAGGACAGUAACUUCUCUGAGGAGGAGGACAGCGAACGCAGCAGCGACGGCGAGGAGGCCGAGGUAGAGGAGGAGCGGCGGAGCGCGGCGGGCAGUGAGAAGGAGGAAGAGCCAGAGGAAGAAGAGGAGGAGGAAGAGGAGGAAGAAUAUGAUGAGGAAGAGGAGGAGGAAGACGAUGACCGGCCCCCCAAGAAACCCCGCCAUGGAGGCUUCAUUCUGGAUGAGGCUGAUGUGGACGAUGAGUAUGAGGACGAGGACCAGUGGGAGGAUGGAGCAGAGGACAUCCUAGAGAAAGUAGAAGAGAUCGAAGCCUCCAAUAUCGAUAAUGUUGUUCUGGAUGAAGACCGUUCUGGAGCUCGCCGCUUACAGAACCUCUGGAGGGACCAACGAGAAGAAGAACUGGGAGAGUAUUACAUGAAAAAAUAUGCCAAGUCCUCGGUGGGCGAGACGGUAUAUGGCGGAUCUGAUGAGCUCUCGGAUGACAUCACCCAGCAGCAGCUGCUCCCAGGAGUCAAGGACCCCAACCUGUGGACUGUCAAGUGUAAGAUUGGGGAGGAACGGGCCACAGCCAUUUCCUUGAUGCGCAAGUUCAUUGCCUACCAGUUCACAGACACGCCCCUGCAGAUUAAGUCGGUUGUGGCCCCAGAGCAUGUGAAGGGCUACAUCUACGUGGAGGCGUAUAAGCAGACCCACGUGAAGCAGGCCAUUGAGGGCGUGGGCAACCUGCGGCUCGGGUACUGGAACCAGCAGAUGGUGCCCAUCAAGGAGAUGACGGACGUGCUCAAGGUGGUGAAGGAGGUGGCCAACCUGAAGCCGAAGUCCUGGGUCCGCCUCAAGCGGGGUAUCUAUAAGGAUGACAUUGCUCAGGUGGAUUACGUGGAGCCCAGCCAGAACACCAUCUCCCUGAAGAUGAUCCCGCGCAUAGACUACGACCGCAUCAAGGCUCGCAUGAGCUUGAAAGACUGGUUUGCCAAAAGGAAGAAGUUCAAGCGACCGCCACAGAGGCUGUUUGAUGCUGAGAAGAUCAGGUCCCUGGGGGGUGAUGUUGCCUCUGAUGGUGACUUCCUCAUCUUCGAGGGGAACCGCUAUAGCCGGAAGGGCUUUCUCUUCAAGAGCUUCGCCAUGUCUGCUGUGAUCACAGAGGGUGUGAAGCCCACUCUCUCCGAGCUGGAGAAGUUUGAGGACCAGCCAGAGGGCAUCGACCUGGAGGUGGUGACUGAGAGCACAGGGAAGGAACGGGAGCACAACUUCCAGCCGGGAGACAACGUGGAGGUAUGCGAGGGUGAGCUCAUCAACCUGCAGGGCAAGAUCCUGAGUGUGGACGGCAACAAGAUCACCAUCAUGCCCAAGCACGAGGACCUCAAGGAUAUGCUGGAGUUCCCAGCCCAGGAACUUCGGAAGUACUUCAAGAUGGGGGACCACGUGAAGGUGAUUGCUGGCCGCUUCGAGGGCGACACAGGCCUCAUCGUGCGGGUGGAGGACAACUUUGUCAUCCUCUUUUCUGACCUCACCAUGCACGAGCUGAAAGUGCUGCCCCGCGACCUGCAGCUCUGCUCAGAGACGGCAUCGGGUGUAGACGUGGGGGGCCAGCACGAGUGGGGUGAGCUGGUGCAGCUGGACCCGCAGACCGUGGGUGUUAUCGUGCGGCUGGAGCGGGAGACCUUCCAGGUGCUGAACAUGUAUGGGAAGGUGGUGACCGUCAGGCAUCAGGCCGUGACCCGGAAGAAGGACAACCGCUUUGCUGUGGCCCUGGACUCGGAACAGAACAACAUCCACGUGAAAGACAUCGUCAAGGUCAUCGACGGUCCCCACUCGGGCCGGGAGGGCGAGAUUCGCCACAUCUUCCGGAGUUUUGCCUUCCUGCAUUGCAAGAAACUGGUGGAGAACGGGGGCAUGUUUGUCUGCAAGACACGCCACCUGGUGCUGGCGGGGGGCUCGAAGCCCCGAGAUGUGACCAACUUCACUGUGGGCGGCUUUGCCCCUAUGAGCCCCCGGAUCAGCAGCCCUAUGCACCCCAGUGCCGGAGGUCAGCGCGGAGGCUUUGGUAGCCCGGGUGGCGGUGGUGGCGGCAUGAGUCGGGGCCGCGGACGGAGAGACAACGAGCUGAUCGGCCAGACCGUGCGCAUCUCCCAAGGGCCCUACAAAGGCUACAUCGGCGUGGUGAAGGAUGCCACUGAGUCCACGGCCCGCGUGGAGCUGCACUCCACCUGCCAGACCAUCUCUGUUGACCGCCAGCGGCUCACCACAGUGGGCUCACGGCGCCCCGGUGGCAUGACCUCAACCUAUGGGCGGACACCCAUGUACGGCUCCCAGACGCCCAUGUAUGGUUCCGGCUCCCGCACGCCCAUGUACGGCUCACAGACACCUCUCCAGGAUGGUAGCCGCACCCCGCAUUACGGCUCGCAGACACCCCUGCACGACGGCAGCCGCACGCCUGCCCAGAGUGGGGCCUGGGACCCUAAUAACCCUAACACGCCGUCACGGGCUGAGGAAGAGUACGAGUACGCCUUUGACGAUGAGCCCACCCCGUCACCGCAGGCCUACGGGGGAACCCCCAAUCCCCAAACACCUGGCUAUCCUGACCCCUCGUCCCCACAGGUCAACCCGCAGUACAACCCACAGACACCAGGGACACCGGCCAUGUACAACACAGACCAGUUCUCACCCUACGCCGCCCCCUCCCCACAAGGCUCCUACCAGCCCAGCCCCAGUCCCCAGAGCUACCACCAGGUGGCGCCAAGCCCAGCAGGCUACCAGAACACCCACUCUCCUGCCAGCUACCACCCCACGCCCUCACCCAUGGCCUAUCAGGCCAGCCCCAGCCCCAGCCCUGUUGGCUACAGUCCGAUGACACCCGGAGCCCCCUCCCCUGGUGGUUACAACCCGCACACACCGGGCUCAGGCAUUGAACAGAACUCCAGUGACUGGGUGACCACUGACAUCCAGGUGAAGGUGCGGGACACCUACCUGGAUACACAGGUGGUGGGGCAGACCGGCGUCAUCCGCAGCGUCACGGGAGGCAUGUGCUCUGUGUACCUGAAGGACAGUGAGAAGGUGGUCAGCAUCUCCAGUGAGCACCUGGAGCCCAUCACCCCUACCAAGAACAAUAAGGUGAAGGUCAUCCUGGGUGAGGACCGGGAAGCUACAGGCGUCCUGCUGAGCAUCGAUGGCGAGGACGGCAUUGUGCGAAUGGACCUUGACGAACAGCUCAAGAUCCUCAACCUCCGCUUCCUAGGGAAGCUCCUGGAGGUCUGAGGCAGGCAGGGUGGGUGAACUUUGGCAGAUUCCUGGCAGGUGGUGUGUGACCCUCCUUUCCCUUGGCUGUGACCCUGGGGCUGGAGCCGAGCGAGGCAGGUCAUUCUGGGUGUCCUUUAUUUUCCUUUCUGGGUUCCCAUCCCCUCCCUCCCUGAUGUUUUGGGACUCUAUCUCCAUCAUGGGAAUCAGAGUAGAGUCUGGGGAGGGUCUUCACCUUGUAUGCACCACUCCCCCAAGCUUGCUUUUGCGUUACGGUCUUUCAAUAAAAAGCCAUUUGGUCAA